GCUCUAUGUCACACACCUUUGCACACACCAGACCCCUGCUCUCAUGACUGGAAACCUCUCCCACAGCCUCAUCCACCACUGACUGCAAACAACACACUGAGGAUAAUGUUACCCUGCUCAUACUCUGCCGUGGUCCUCUGUCUCCUGCAAGUCCUCUGCAUCACCGCCGACAUAGACACGGGCACCUUCCUGAUCUUCAACGAGAACCACAACAAGUGCAUAAAGGUGGAAAGUGCCACCUCGAUAACUGUGGCCCCUUGCGACCCUCAUGCCAAAGAGCAGCAGUUCCGUUGGGCCUCCGAGUCUCGGGUCCUCAGUUUGUCCCUCAAACUGUGUCUGGGCGCCACAGAGAUAAAAGACUGGGUCAAAGUGCUCCUCUUCGAAUGCAAUGAGAGCAGCGUGCUCCAGCACUGGCAGUGCAAGAACGAGACCCUCUUUGGCCUCAAAGACCAGGACCUGCACUUGAACUGGGGAAACCGCAAUGAGAGGAACAUAAUGAUCUACAAAGGCUCAGGGCUGUGGAGCCGCUGGAGGAUAUUUGGCACUCGGGGUGACCUUUGUUCAAAGGGAUAUCAAGAGAUUUUCACAAUAGGGGGCAAUGCUUUCGGAGGCCCCUGUCAGUUCCCAUUUAAGUUCCACGAGAAGUGGUUCUCUGAAUGCACAAAGGAAGGCCGUUCAGACGGACAGCUGUGGUGUGGCACAGAGACAGAUUACGACAAAGACAAAAAGUGGGGAUUUUGUCCAACCAAAGCGUCCACUGGCUGGGACACUGACCCGGUCACAGGGGUUGAGUAUCAGAGGAACGCUCAGUCAGUGUUGACCUGGCAUCAGGCCAGGAAGAGCUGCCAGCAGCAGGGAGCCGACCUCCUCAGCAUCGUAGAGCUGCAUGAGCAGUCAUUCAUCUCCGGGUUGACAAAUCAUCUGGGAACAUCUCUGUGGAUUGGGCUGAACAGCUUGGAUUUUGAGAGUGGAUGGUCAUGGAGCAACGGAAACCCAUUCAGAUAUUUAAACUGGGCUCCAGGUCAUCCCUCAUCAGAGCCCGGACUCUCCUGUGCGACCCUAAAUGCUGCAAAAGCCUCAAAAUGGGAGAGCAGCGCCUGCAGCAAGAAACUCGGCUACAUCUGCCGUAAAGGAAACUCUACCAGUCUGCCCCCACCACCGAUCAAAGGGCCCAGUUUCUGCCCCAGUCAUUGGAUUCCAUAUGGAGGAAACUGUUAUUACCUGGAGAGGAAUAAGAAGAUGUGGAGCGAUGCCUUGGCUGCCUGCCGUAAAGAGGGAGCAGAUCUGGCCAGCAUCCACAACAUAGAGGAGCAGAGCUUCAUCAUCUCUCAGUCUGGAUACGUGCCGACAGAUGUGCUCUGGAUUGGCUUGAAUGAUCAAAAGAACCAGAUGCUGUUUGAGUGGUCUGAUCACACCCACGUCACCUUCACCCAGUGGCUGAGCAGUGAGCCGUCUCAUGCCCUGAACUUCCAGGAAGACUGCGUCCUCAUCCGAGGAAAGAGUGGGAAGUGGGCAGAUCACAUGUGUGAGAAAGCGUAUGGAUACAUGUGUAAGAAGAAGGCCUCCAUUCAACCACCUCAAGGCAUCCAAGAGGACAUCAACCCUGGAUGCAAGCUAGGCUCCUUCAGGUUCGGUUUGUAUUGUUAUACCAUUGGAACUGAGACGAAAACUUUCGAUGACGCGAAGCGUUCAUGCUCAGAGGCUGGCGGCAAACUGGUGGAUGUAGCUGACAGAUAUGAGAACGCUUUCCUGAUCAGUUUGGUGGGUUUGAGACCAGAGAAGUAUUUCUGGACAGGCUUAUCCAACACAGACGACAAAACCACCUUCAAGUGGACCACCAGAACAAAAGUCACGUUCACUCAUUUCAACGUGGGCAUGCCAGACAAAAAACAAGGAUGCGUUGCCAUGGCCACUGGGAUUUUUGCUGGAUUAUGGGAUGUCCUCAGCUGCAGCAACAAGGAGAAGUAUAUCUGCAAGAAAGCGGCAGAAGGUGUGCAUAUGACCACAGUUCCACCCACCACCCCGACCCUGAACUGUGAGUCCGGGUGGACCCCUGUGGCCAAAAGGAACAUCUGCAUUAAAGUUUACAGGAAAAGAAAGGCCUCAAAGAAGACGUGGCAAGAAGCGAAGGACUUUUGCAAGGCCAUUGGUGGGGACCUGGUGAGCCUACAAAGUACGCAGGACCUGAGCAACUUGCAUAUUCAUAGCUCUGACGCAGCAUGGAUCGGCCUCAGUCUGGGCACCAAUGAGGGUUUUGUGUGGAGCGAUGGGACGGCCUUCAGCUUUGAGAACUGGGGCUUUGGGGAACCGAACAACCACAACGACAACGAGCACUGUGUGGAAGUCCAGUUUUACUACGGACGACACUGGAACGAUCGGCACUGCGAGGCCUACAACGACUGGAUCUGCCAGAUACGCAAAGGCGUGAUUCCCAAACCUGAGCCUGUCAUCACUGCACCUGUAUACAACAAAACAGAAGACGGAUGGAUCAUUUACAACGACACACAGUAUUACAUCAACAUGGAAAACUUGCCGAUGGAAGCUGCCAGAGCCUACUGCAAAAAAAACUUUGGGGAACUUGCGGUUAUCACAGGGGAGAGUGAGAGAAGGUUCCUUUGGAAACAGAUAUCGAAGGGCUCAGAAGGGCAGUACUACAUCGGCCUGAUCGUGAAUUUGGAUAAAUCAUUCAGCUGGCUGGAUGGCACCCCGAUAACUUACACUGCAUGGGAACACAAUGAGCCCAACUUUGCUAACAAUGAUGAAAACUGUGUGACUAUAUACAGGAGCAUGGGGUACUGGAAUGAUAUUAACUGUGGCAUUGAGCUCCCCUCCAUUUGUAAAAGAAACAGUAAUUUUGCUAAUGUAACAAUUGAGCCGACCCCGGUUCCUAAAGGAGGAUGUGCACCAGAGUGGCUGGCCUUCCAAGGAAAGUGCUACAAGAUUGUUGUGGGGAGUGACAAUAAGAACUGGCAGGAUGCCAGGAAGUACUGCAUAAACCAGGGAGGAAAUCUGGUUUCUAUCGUCAACGAGAAAGAGCAAGCAUUUCUGACAACACAGAUGUUGAACUACAAUGAGGACUUGUGGAUUGGCAUGAACGACGUCAACUGGGAGAUGCAUUUUGUGUGGACAGACGGCAGAGGCAUUUUAUACACCAACUGGGCCAAAGGACACCCGGCAUCAUCGCCUGAGGGACACUAUUUUAUGGAAGAGGUGUUUGACUGUGUGGUCAUGGUGGGCAGCGUCGCCAAACAAACAGGACAGUGGAAGGUGGCAGACUGUCACGCAAAAUAUGGCUUCGUCUGCAAACGGAACGUUGAUUCACAGAUUGUAGUCCAGCCCACCACUGUGCUACCGAAGGCCUUCUACAAGCUUGGCAACGACUCCUUCAAACUGGUGGCCCAGAAGAUGAGAUGGGACGAGGCUCGGAGGCAGUGCCAAGCAGAUGAUGCAGAGCUGGCCAGCAUCCUGAACCCUGUAACUCAGGCAUAUAUCACCCUGCAGAUUGCCAAGCACAAUGAGUCUGUGUGGAUUGGCCUCAACACCAAUGUGACUGGUGGUCGCUUCAAGUGGGUUGAUAACUGGGCUCUGUCUUACACCAAAUGGGGCACAGAUGAGCCCAAAAACAACUUUGGCUGCGUGUAUAUGGAUGUUGACAGAACAUGGAAGACUGCACCGUGCACCAAUACCCACUACUCCCUCUGUAAAAAGUCUUCAGACAUAGCUCCCACUGAGCCCCCACAACUUCCCGGCAACUGUCCAGAACCAAAAAAGCAGAAAACCUGGAUACCUUUCAGAGGCCAUUGUUAUCACUUUGUUAGGUCAAUGGUGGAUAACUGGGCCCAUGCCUCGGUCGCAUGUCUGAAAAUGGGUGCUUCUCUCGUGAGCAUUGAGGAUCCUAGCGAGAGUGCAUUCAUACAGCAGAACCUGGAGCUUCUGCAGGAUGGAGCUAAAACUUUCUGGAUUGGCCUGUACAAGUCUCAUGAAGGUAAGUGGAUGUGGAUCGAUAACAGCGUUGUGGACUAUACCAACUGGAAAGCGGGGAUGCCGAAGUCAGAAUCAUGCGUGGACAUUAAUUCUGACAGUGGACAAUGGGCUACAACCAGCUGCAGCAGAUAUCGGUCUUACAUCUGCAAAACACCAAAAGUUAUUAAACCUACAGAAAAGCCUCCAGCUGUUGCCCAUGUCGUCGAAGAACCUUCACAUGGGUCUGCUGGCAUCACUGUGGCUAUAGUACUAAUUGUACUUGCCGUAGUUGUACUUGGUGCUUUCUUCCGCCUUCGUAAACGGAUACCCACACCUGUACUGGGAGAAAGCACCUUUGACAACAAGCUGUACUUCAACAAUCCAAUCCGAGCCCCUGUAGACACCAAAGGCUUGGUGGCGAACAUAGAGCAGAAUGAGCAGGCAUAGAAAGACGUGAGGUCAGUGGUAAUCAGCACUGUGGAAAUAAUAUGAUCAGAGACUUUAUCUGCGUUUCUUACUUUAUUUUGGAUCACUUCACUAGAAACAAAAGCUGAAACAAAACCUGCAGCGUUUUUCAGUUUUACGAAGGACUGGAUGGAUCAAAGAUACUGAUUAUCAUUAUUAUUAUUAUACAAUAAUUCAUGCACGUGAUGGCACUACACUAAGUGAAUAAGGGACAAUCAGAACCAAUUUUAAGAUGAUAAUGUGAUUUGUGAAAUCUGUACAGUUUUUUUUUAUUGUAUUUUUUUACCAAUCAGUGUAACCAAGAUCAUUUACAUGCAAAAAAAAUCAAGAAAGGUGAGGAUGUAUGCUUAACAAUCAACCCAGCUAAGAAACAGCUGUCAAUCUGCAUUACUUUUCUUUUUAUGUUCAUCACCAUAUUUCUGGCUUAUAAUAUUGUAAAUAGAUUCCCAAUAAAUGAAAAUGAAUGAAACAGAA